CUCGCACCUGCUGCUUAACGGCCUGUCGUGCUCCACGUAUCAGCAAGCAUGUCGGCCGGGGGAUCUGAGCGGGAGCCGCUGGAAGGGACAGACGAGAAAUCGGAGGUGGAAGAGGAGCAAGAGGAACCCGAAGAAGCGGCUCGCGGCAGCAAGAAGCGGGCAGUGCCAGGUAUCGUGUACCUGGGUCACAUCCCGCCUCGCUUCCGACCCCUACACGUACGCAACCUGCUGAGCGCCUACGGUGAGGUCGGACGCGUGUUCUUUCAGGCCGAGGACAGGUUCGUGAGACGCAAGAAGAAAGCAGCAGCGGCCUCAGGAGGAAAAAAGGGAUCGAAGUACAGCAAGGACUAUACUGAGGGCUGGGUGGAGUUCCGGGAUAAGCGCGUAGCCAAGCGUGUGGCUGCAAGUCUGCACAACACGCCCAUGGGUGCCCGCAGGCGCAGCCCCUUCCGCUAUGACCUUUGGAACCUCAAGUAUUUGCACCGUUUUACUUGGUCCCACCUCAGUGAACACCUAGCCUUUGAGCGCCAGGUACGCAGGCAGCGCCUAAGAGCUGAGGUCGCCCAAGCCAAGCGUGAGACCGACUUCUACCUUCGGAGUGUGGAGCAAGGACAACGCUUCCUUGCAGCUGAUGGGGAUCCUGCCCGCCCAGACAGUUCCUGGACCUUUGCCCAGCGUCCUACUGAGCAGGAGCUAAGGGCCCAGAAAGCAGCACGGCCAGGAGGCCGUGAACGGGCUCGCCUGGCUACUGCGCAGGACCAGGCCCGCUCCAACCGAGGACUCCUUGCCAGGAUCUUUGGAGCCCCACCACCGUCAGAGAACACAGAGGGACUUUCACUAGUUAAGGACUCAUGAGGGGCAGGAAGGCCCCUUCCAUCUCCUGGCCUUGCCCAGCUUCCUGUCUAUCUUACACUAGAGUGAGACUGACUACUCAGGCAGCCAUUUUCUGUGUCUCAGACCAGGAGUCUUUGAUGAGCCAGACACGAACAUUUUGUGGGCCUCCCCUGUCCCUGUUGCUCAACUUCUAUAAGCACCUGGCUAAGGCACCUUAUUCAUGCUGGUGAUUAUGACAGUUGCAGAUGCCUGUUUCAUUUGUUUGGCUUUUGGUUGCCUGCCUCUUGCCCAGUGGGGUCCUCUAGAAAGCCCAUGACCUGGCCCCAGGUGUGGCCUUUAUUUCCAGAGUGAUAAUGGCCGGGCAGGCAUUCUUGUCCUGUUUACUGACACAGGUAAAGGCAGCAACAACUUUGUUUUUUUUAGAAAAUGUUAUCAGGUUGCCAGGUGUGGUGGUACAAUCCUGUAAUUCCAGCACUUGGGAGGCUGAGGCAAGAGGAUCCCUGCAAGUUCAAGGCCAGCCUAGGCUACAUAGUGAGUUUGAGGCCAGCCUGAACUGCAUAGCAAGACCCUGUCUCCAAAAAAAAAAAAAGGUUGUAAUGAUUUGGGACUGGGUUGAGAACCUUUCUUCAAAUAUAUUUAUGGAAAAUAAAAUAUAUUUUUUGUAUUUUUUUUAGUUUCAGAUACAUAGUCGUUAGGUUAGUUUUAACUUCAAAGUGCAGUACUGGGUAUUGAACGCCCCCAAGGGUGUUCUACCACUGAGUUACAUCCCCAGCCCCUUUAUUUUUUUUGAAACAGGGUCCUGUGAAGUUGCCCAGACUGGGCUCAAACAUUUGAUUUUUUUGCCUCAGCUUCCCAAGUAGCUGGGGUUACAGUCACCCACCACCAUUCCUGGCCAAUUCAACAUUUAUAAAGCUACUGUGUGAAGAAACAGUGACAGUGGAUACAUUCUUAGUCUUUAGGACACUGGAAUAAGGUAGAUAGGCGUCAUGGGAGAAGUACGUGAGGGGUAGAGUGGGCCUUGGCUGUGCGUGGACUGCUGCCUAUUUGGUGCUGGUUCGUGAGGACAGUUUUCAGUGACAUUGGGUCAGUCUUCAUCAAGUUUUUCCAGGUCAUUCCUUGAAAAUGAACUGGGAAAUGACAGAGCAGAAAGUCUGAAAGAUCCCGAUGUGUUCCUACAGUUGCAAACAGUGCUUCAUGGAUGGAGUGUUGGAUUUAAAAAGGUGGGCAUUUGGGGCCAGGGAUUUAGCUCAAUGGCACCGUGCCUGCCUUGCAAGCACAGGGUCCUAGGUUCAAUUCCAGGUACCAAAAAAAAAGGUGGGCAGAACCUAGGAGGGAAGUUGGAAAUAAAUGCUGUUUGGCUACACUUAUGUGCACAUUGGCACUUAGGUCACAGGUUCGCACUAGGUACAUAAACAGCCCUGCUAUCUUCAAAGUCUGGGUAAACCACUAAAAAACUGAGAACUUGGAUGUCAGAAUAAACUAAGGAAUCUACACAUGGUAUCACAGAUUAAAAGUGAUCAUUAUCCAAGCUGUUAAUUUAGGGGAAGUGGUAGAAUGUGAUUAUAAUUAUAUGGGUUUUGCUUGUGGUUUUUUGUUUGUUUUUUUUUUGAGACAGUCUCACUAUGUAGUUUAGGCUGGUCUUGAACUCUAUAUAGCCUAGGCUGACCCCAAACUGAGCAAUUCUGCAACACCAUGCCCAGCAGUAGUUACUACUAUUUUUUGUUUUUAUUUUUGGGGGACAGUCUUGCUGUGUAGUUCAGGCUGCCCUUGAACAUACUGCGUAGCCCACACUGGCCUCAAACUCGAGGCAAUCUUCCUGCCUCAGCCUCCAGAGUGCUGGGAUUAUAGGUGUGGACCACAUGCUCAGCAAGUUUCAUUUGGAUUGCUCCUUUAACUCGUGAUGACUUCAUGUGCGCCAGGAAAAUCCAGCUUCAGAAUUUGACAAGCUGGCCUAUUUAUUUAGAAUUAAAGGUAGUUAUUGCCACCUUUGCUAGAUAGAUACCAAGACAAGAAUCUUUCCCUCAGGUUGCUGACAGUUUAGAAAGUCAAAGACAGGUUGUGGUGGUGCACACCUGUAACCCCAGGACUUGGGAGGCUGAAGCAGGAGGAUUGCCAUGAAUUUGAGACCAACCUGGGCUACAUAGUUCAAGACCAGCCCGAACUACAUAGUGAGACCCUGUCUCAAGGGAGAAGAAAAAAGAAAAAGUGAAAGACAUAAGAGAUAAUGGAUUGCUAUGAAAUUCCUGGAUGAGUAGAGGAAAGUGUCCCAGACUGGUAGCCUCAGUAUAUACUCAAAGGUCAGCACCUCAAGCUUCACUUCAAAUAGCUCUGCAGGAAACACUAUGCCAGUCAAGCUGGAUGUCACUGGUAGAAUUAGGAAUGAGAAGAAUGAGUGGAAGAAAAUGUGUUUCCAGGAAUUUUUCUUUUAAUUCCUGCGAAGCACCUUGAGACCAUCAUUAGCUACAGAUAAGAUCCACACAGACUAUGGUUUCAAACUUAGCUCAAGAGAAUGUAACAUCUUCAGUGUGCCAAGGGACCCUUGUAAAGUUCAGAUCAUUCACAAAGGAUUGCUAAAACCUCAAGGUCUCAGACUAAAUGGAGACAUAGACCUAAGAAGUAAAUGGACCUGCUUCUCUGGAUAGUAGGUAAACACAGCCUAUUGUAUUUGUACAGGAACAAUGACCUUGGAGAAAGAAAAAGAUACUCUUUAAAAGACCCAGUUAAGGGCCGGGGAUUUAGCUCAGUGGUUUUGCCACCUGCCUCUCAAGUGCAAGGUCCUGAGUUUGAUCCCCAGUACCAAAAAAAAAAAAAGACCCAGUUAAUCAUAUAAGUGCAACCUGAGAUCUAACCAUGUUAGGACCAGCUACCUGGUAACAAUAACAUGGUCAGGGAUCACUAUAGGAGAGAGGAAAUGGACAAAAUCUUGGGCCCUAAGUGCUGCUUUUUUUUGGUACCGGGGAUUGAACUCAGGUCCUUGUGCUUGUGUAGCAGGUGUCGAAACCACUGAGCUAAACUCCUGGCCGAAAGUACAUUUUAUUUUUGUUUUGUAUCUGUUACAUUUGGACUUAAUUGCUGAAGUUGCUAAAUCUGUUAGCAUUCUUUUUUUUUGGUACCGGGAAUCGAACUCGGGACCCUGCGCUUGCAAGGCAGGCAGCGUAAGUGCUGCUUAUUAAGAGCAGGAAGUUUGUUUUUUUUUUUUCCUGGGACAGCCAGAAACUUAAAAACCACUUCUGCUAUGAACUGUUACUUUUCACUUGGGCCUUCAGAUGUCAAAAGGUAACCGAAAGCAAAACAAAGUUUGACUUUGAUUUUUGUAUUCUUUGUGCCUAUAAAUGUUAGAUCAAAUCUCAGCUCUGCAUGGGGGUGUGUUGAUCAUUUAGGGAGGGUCUGUCUAAAAGCUGGCAAAACAAGGUUGAUUAGCUCUAAAUUUACAUAAUCUCAUCCCUUCAAGAUUGAGGACAUCAGGAUGGGGCAUUCCAGGGACAUUCAGUUAUUUCUGGAAGUCUUGAGCCAUUGUCCUGAACUGAAAGCACCUGAAAUGAGACCGACCCUCAGCCAAAAGGAUUCCUGAGGUAUGACACCAGAACUGAGAAUGAUCCUAGGACCCCAGCCCAACAGCUGAUCUUUUGCAGGUGGACCAGUCUCACCAGUCUGAACCCUGGUAAUAGACAGUGACACCUCCAGCUGCCUAAACUGGAGUCCUUUUCUCUCUUAACUUUCCAAUUAAAGCUUUUCCUGUAAA